GUAACGAGGAGGACCAACAUGAGAGAGACGCGCAACUCACCAGCGAGCUGCUGACCGACGAUCAUAUCAACAUGUGACCGCUGAGUGGUCGCUCAGUUCCUGCUAUACACCUGCCCGGAUUACACACAGAGGAGGUCUCUGAUACUGCUGAGAGACACAGAGACAGAGAGAUGGACACCACGGACCAAGGUGCUCAGAUUGAGCCUCUGCUACCGACGGUCAAUACUCUCUUUGCCUCAUCAGCUGGACGUAGAAGUUUGAGGAAUGAUGAUGAGGCUGUGGUGGACCGAGGAGGAGCACGGUCCCAACAGGGAACCAACUUUGAGCAGGAGGAUGUUGAAGGCCACAGGACUCUCUACAUUGGGGUCCACGUCCCCCUGGGCAGUACCAGGCACCGCAGCCAUCGCAGGCACCAUCACCAUGGAAACAAACACAGGAAAAGGAGCAAGGACCGGGCCCCCACCUUGGUGGAGGGUAGAGAGUCUCCUCUUUAUGACACUCCCUCCCAGAGAGUGCAGUUCCUGCUGGGCACUGAGGAUGAUGAUGAGGAGCAUAUUCCUCAUGACCUCUUCACAGAGAUGGAUGAAAUCUGUGUGCGGGAUGGAGAGGAUCCUGAGUGGAGGGAAAGUGCCAGGUGGCUGAAGUUUGAGGAGGACGUGGAGGACGGAGGAGAGCGAUGGAGCAAACCCUACGUAGCCACUCUGUCUCUACACAGCCUGUUUGAGCUGCGAAGCUGCAUCAUCAACAGCACCGUGCUGCUCGACAUGAGGGCUAAUACCAUUGAAGAGAUUGCAGACAUGGUCUUGGACCACCAGGAGUUAUACUCACCACUGGGAGAUGAGAUGAGAAAGAGAGUGCGUGAAACACUGCUGAAGCAGCACCAUCACCAGAACCAGAAGAAGCUGGCUAAUCGCCUGCCGAUUGUACGCUCCUUUGCUGACAUCAGUCGACGGACAUCGGAGCUCCACCUGGACAAGAAUGGUCAGAUGAUGGCAUCCCAGUCUCACUUAGCGGGUCCAGACGGGAAAGUGGACGGCAGUAGAGAGAACAGUUCAGUGGACUUCAGCAAGAUAGACCUUCAUUUCAUGAAGAAGAUCCCGGUAGGAGCCGAGGCGUGUAACGUGUUAGUGGGAGAACUGGAAUUUCUGAACAAGCCGGUGGUGGCAUUCGUCCGCCUUUCACCGGCGGUGAUGCUCUCUGGGCUAGCUGAAGUCCCCAUCGCCACAAGGUUUCUGUUUAUUCUUUUAGGGCCCUUGGGCAGAGCGCCUCAGUAUCAUGAGAUUGGAAGGUCCAUUGCUACACUUAUGACAGACGAGGUUUUCCAUGAUGUUGCCUAUAAAGCUAAAGACCGCAACGAUUUGAUCGCUGGGAUUGAUGAAUUCCUCGAUCAAGUGACCGUCCUGCCUCCAGGAGAGUGGGACCCGUCCAUACGGAUAGAGCCACCAAAAAGUGUUCCUUCUCAGGAGGCGAGGAAGAAAAGUAACAUUUUACCUAACGGAUUAGUGGAGGGCGAUGAUGAAGAGGAGGAAGGUGGCCACGGGGGUACAGAACUGCAGCGUACUGGAAGGUGGUUUGGUGGUCUCUGGCUAGACAUCAAGCGCAAGGUGCCCCACUACCUGUCCGACUACACUGACGCUCUUAGUUUACAGUGUGUGGCCUCUUUCCUCUUCCUCUACUGUGCCUGCAUGUCCCCUGUCAUCACCUUUGGAGGACUACUGGGCGAGGCAACAGAAGGACGCAUAAGUGCAAUUGAGUCGCUGUUUGGAGCCUCACUGACUGGAAUAGCCUACUCCCUGUUUGCAGGGCAGCCCCUCACUAUUCUGGGCAGCACAGGGCCGGUGCUUGUAUUUGAAAAAAUAUUGUUCAAAUUCUGCAAGGAGUAUGGCUUGUCCUAUCUGUCUCUGAGAACCUGUAUCGGUCUGUGGACAGCUUUCUUGUGUAUCCUGCUGGUGGCUACAGACGCCAGCUCCCUCGUUUGUUACAUCACACGCUUUACAGAGGAAGCCUUCGCCUCACUCAUCUGCAUCAUCUUCAUCUACGAGGCCUUGGAGAAACUCAUCCACCUGGGGGACCACUAUCCCUUCAACAAGAACAACAACCUGGACAAACUCACCAUGUACUCAUGUUCAUGCGUUGAGCCUUCUGACCCCAGCAAUAGCACCCUGAAGUAUUGGGAGUUCACCAACGUCACUGCCUCAGAAAUCUACUGGGAGGCACUGGAGACCAAGGACUGUAUUGAAAAGCGCGGGGAGUUUGUGGGCAGCGCCUGCGGCCCUCAUGGACCCUACGUCCCUGAUGUCCUCUUCUGGUGUGUCAUUCUCUUCUUCUCCACCGUCCUCAUGUCCGCCUUCCUCAAGGAGUUCAAGUUCAGCAAUUACUUCCCCACAAAGGUGAGAUCCAUCAUCAGUGACUUUGCUGUUUUCUUCACCAUCCUCACCAUGGUCUUGGUCGAUUAUGCCUUAGGGAUCCCUUCUCCAAAACUAAAGGUUCCUAGUGUGUUUAAGCCAACCAGAGAUGAUCGAGGAUGGUUCAUCAACCCGCUGGGGCCCAACCCCUGGUGGACCGCGGUCAUUUCAUUGUUCCCAGCUUUUCUUUGUACCAUCCUCAUCUUCAUGGACCAGCAGAUCACAGCUGUCAUCAUCAACAGGAAGGAGCACAAACUCAAGAAAAGCUGUGGGUACCACCUCGACCUGUUCAUGGUGGGGCUGAUGCUCGGCGUGUGCUCUUUGAUGGGCCUGCCCUGGUUCGUAGCAGCCACCGUCCUCUCCAUUACCCACGUCAACAGCCUGAAGCUCGAGUCCGAGUGCUCGGCUCCCGGGGAGCAGCCCAAGUUCCUCGGUAUCAGAGAGCAACGCUUCACCGGCCUCAUGAUCUUCACCCUCAUGGGCUGCUCUGUCUUCAUGACCUCUGUGCUGAAGUUCAUUCCUAUGCCUGUGUUGUAUGGAGUAUUCCUUUACAUGGGAGCGUCUUCUCUCAGAGGCAUUCAGUUCUUUGACCGCCUGACGCUAUUCGGCAUGCCCCCUAAGCACCAGCCAGACUUCGUCUAUCUACGACAUGUCCCCCUGAGGAAGGUGCACCUCUUCACCAUCAUCCAGCUCACCUGUUUGGUUAUGCUCUGGGUCAUCAAGACCUCCAAGGCUGCAAUCGUCUUUCCCAUGAUGGUGUUGGCUCUGGUGUUUAUCAGGAAGCUAAUGGACUGUUUCUUCACCAAGAGAGAGAUGAGCUGGCUGGAUGACCUCAUGCCAGAGAGCAAGAAGAAGAAGCUAGAGGAUGCUGAAGAGGAGGAGGAGCAGAGUAUACUGGCCGAAGAUGAGGGAGUAGUGCAAGUGCCAUUAGCAGAGAACAAAGGGAUACCCAUCAUCAAUAUCACUGAUGAAAUGUCAAAAGGUUCUUUUGGAAAUACUUGGAUUGCCAACGGCUAAGACAUUUGAGAAAGAAAGAAUCAAGACCUCAAAACAUUAUGUUCACUACAACACUCGCAAUGUUUCACAACAGUGGUGUGCAUGAUGAGAGAUAUAAGAUGUCAAAGAUGGAGGACAGUGCUGUGAGUCUUUUUCACUGUCCCUUCUGUGUGCUCAUAAACUAAUCUGUAUUGUUUAAUCAAUCCUUCAUGUUUAGUUUUGUAAAUCUCUGUGCGUUCUGUAAGUGAAUAACUCUGUCACAAAUAUUCUGCCUCUUCAUGAACCAGUGAAACUUAUAUAUUUUUACUCGUGUUGUCAAAUUGUACUUUCUAAAUCUAGAAACUGUAUUGCUACACUGAAUGUUAACCGCGAAAAUGUAAAAGGUUUGUCUUGCUAAGAGACUGUUUUCAAGUUUUUGUUUUUGGAUCAAUUUGUAUUUAUUUUGUUAUAUACUUUGUAUUUUGAAAUAUCAUUACAUUAACAUAUCCUUGGAUUCUUUACCUAUUUAUAUACGGAUUCCCUAUAAUUCUUUAAGUCCUCUAUAGAAAUAUGAUGUGAAAUUAAAUGUGAAGAUCUAAUAAAUGUUUUAAAAGGUCAUUCUUGUCCAUAUAAAAACUCUCUGAUAAGCCAUACAUAACUGUACAAAUUCCUAUAACAUGAAACAUUUCUGAUGUCUGUUUAUUGGAUGGGACCAUUUUGAAUCCCGUGUGACUGAUGGGAAUAAAGGGCAAUAUACUCUUAAGAACCAAAUGCAAUAGCACUUUCUGCCAGAAUGUCAAUUCUCUAUUUAUACGAGAAAUGAUUUAGCUAUAUUUAUUUUGUGGAAUAAAAUGAAUAUGUUUGCUACAGAAUACUUUGUAUUCUAAAAGAGACAGUAUUUUGCAUCCUGGUGUAUUGCUUCUAUUAUAAAUGAAAAUUUGCAGAAUCUCAUAAUUUGUUUUAAUGUUUGUAUAAAGUUUAGUUCAUCAUAAAUUAAAAAGUGUCAUCAUCAUAAAGGCAUUUAACCCAAUUCUGUUACACAUCUGAGGAUUACAAUGAAGCCGGUGUUUGGAGAGAACGAUGAAUGGGCUUAUUUUUCAAAAAUAUUCAAGAAACAGAAUUUUAUUAUGCAUAUCUUGUCGAUGUUAUUUUAACUUAUUAAAUUUCUAUGAGCACUCUU